AUGCAACCGUUUUGCUAUAUAAUUGGGGACUCCAAGGCUAAAGAUCUUCCUACACACACAACUUUUAAAUCUAUUGAUACACAAAAAGCACACUACCCUGAGACAGCUUCGCCCAAACACAGAUCAGAAGAAUCAGUCAAGAGAUCAUUAUUUUUAAAUUGCUGUAAUACCACUGUCAGCACUACUUGUAUUACCUGCUGUAGUGCUAAAUGUAGUCCUGCAUAUUGGUUUCGGGCAUCCAGAGUACUGACUCAGCAGUUUCAAGUCAUCCUGCGCCGGCCUCAUCUUCUGCUUUUCUGCAUAGCGUGCAUUCUGGCCUCUCUGGCUGUCUCCAGUGUGCUUACUGAAUUGACAAAAUUUGGCCAGCAGCUCGGCCUUGCUCACAAUGAAUACUCAAUCUUGCUUAGCCAUUUUGGAAUAGCAUGCUUCUCCUGUCGUCUCACCACGGCUUUUGUGAUCCAUAUAGCCUACCUAAGCAGAAACCGUGAACAGGAGAAAUUGAAUGGAGGUUUGUGUAUUUUAUUAAAAAUCUAUCUUUAUUUUUAG